AUGCAUUUAAUGACAUUAUUUUUAUUUCAUCUGAUCUGCCUGUGUUCUUUAGUUGUGGCUGACUAUAAAUAUAUUGGUUGUUACAAUCAAGAUGUCAUUCAAGCUUUAGGACUAACGUCAAAAGGUUGGUAUAUGUACCAAUCGGUAAGUUAUUGUCAACAACAAUGUGAUAAUUCUAAUAUCGUAGCUCUACUAAAUGGUGGAGAUUGUUAUUGUGGUAACUCAGUGGAGCAAAUCAAUUCAAUAUUAUCUACUUCCUCUAAUGCAGAGUGUGAUAUUUCAUGUAAUGGAUGGCCCUACCAGAAUUGUGGUGGGGUAUCAGCUAUUGAUCUCUAUAUCAAUACUGCUGUGAAUAUAGAAACAAAUAGUGUUACUGCCACCAAAAGAACCUCCACGUUAUCCUCAACUUCAUCAAGUAGUAUUAUCACACCUACUACUUCUUCUACUUCUACUUCCACAUCUUCUACAUUUUCCUCAUCAACAACCCUUAUAAUAUCUACUAUUAAUAGCCAAACUAAAAAAUCCACGACAAGCCCAUCAACUAGCCUUAUAGCUUCUAGUUCAGUAAGCAUCUUUUCACCAUCAAUAACUUCAAAUAAUAAUAAAAUACAGUCAACCACACAGAGUUUGGAAAAUUCAUUAUCAACUAGUACAUCUAAAUUUACUUCCACGCUAACACCAAGUACAACACAAACAACAUCCUCCGCACAAGUAUCAACACCAGUACUCACAGUUACUAAAACUCUAAGUAAUAGUAAUAUAAUAACCACACAAAAAAUUUCAUACAUAACAUCUAUCCAAUACUCGACAGAUAUAAUCACUCAAUCUGUCAUUUCUCAAAUGGGGAACGUUCAAACAACAAUUUAUGUGACAGCUACUUCUAUCCAACAAAUUACUACAUCUACUAGCACAUUAGGAUUAUCUUCUAUUAAUAAGGGAACUACCCCUUCUCAUCAUAAGCUAAGUGGUGGAUCAAUUGCAGGUAUUGUAGUUGGUGUAGUGUGUGGUGUAUUACUUUUAGUUGGUGUAUUAUUCUUCUUUUUCUGGAGAAGAAGAAAACCAGUUUCUGAUGAAUACACAGAAUAUAAAGAAACUAUUCAACACCAACCAUACUCAUUUGGUGAGACUGAACAGAACGCUACCGUAAUACCUGUAAUUCCAAAUGAUCUAAGUUGGAUGAGCCCUAAGAAUAAACAUAAUUCUGAUUCAUUUAGUGACUCUUCACAAACUGAAUUUAUUACUUCCCCAACAUCUCCACAUUUAGCCAACACUGUAACUAACACAACUUAUAACUUUGAACAACCACAUUACUAUGAUAGAGAUAUAUUUAGUGCCUCUUCACUUCAUAAUGUAAAUGAGGGAAUGUUACAUAUUGUCAAUCCUGACACAGUGAGUCAAUAUAAUGAUUUAAAUAAAAAUCAAACGAAUAUUUCAACACUUGAUCCUGAUUCCACUAAUACAUCAAAUGAACUUGACAAUUUUGAAGAAAAAUCUUAA